AUGAUCGGUCCAUCCAUACCAAAAGAGUUGUUGGAGAAAAAAAAGCAAGCAUCGUCGCCAACCCAUGAACCCCAUUCACCGUCAACAUCACCUCCCCAUUCACCUCCUUCUUCUUCUGCCGAGAUGGCAGGUCCUAUGCUUCCACCCGACUUGAUGGCAGAGAAACAAAAGCAAAAUGAACACCAAUCGGUCAAUGACGACGACGACGACGACGAUGAUAGUGAUGCCUUUACGCCUGCGUUGCCACCUGAUCUUUUACAAGCACGUCAAGAACAAAAGCAAGAGCAGCAACAGCCACAGCAACGUCGAAGACGAGCACCCGUUGGACCCUCGUUACCUUCUCAACAACGGCAGCAGGAGGAUGAAGAUGAUUUCGCGAUUGGCCCUGUGUUACCUACUGGUUAUGAUGCUCAACGUGAUGCGGUGCAAUCCACUAUCCAAGAAGUGGAAGAACGAUUGCAAAGUGGUAAAACAGCUAUGGAAGAGGCAAAGAAUGCUGACAAGAACAAAAAAGUUGAACGUGGCGAGUGGAUGUUGGUACCGCCGGAAGUCGAUUAUCUCCGUGGUGCUGAUUCGUCAAGAUCACGUGGAUUCAAUCAAAGCAGCUUGAGCACGGCUGAACGCGAUCGUAGCGUGUGGACUGAUACACCAGCAGACCGUGAACGUAAACAAAGGGCACAAGAGCGUGAGGAUGCUGCUGCUGCUACCAAUGCCUCUUCUUCUUCUUCUCGACCCUUACCACCCGUACAUUCUCGUUACGAUGAUGAUAUUCGACGCAAUGUUCAGCAGUACAAUAAUACAGAGCGAUCAAAGUCUUUGAUGGAAAUCCACCGAGAAAUGGGAGGAAGAAAGAGAAAGGAACAAGAAGAUGUAACCAGCCGACCCUUUGAUCGAGAAAAGGACUUUUUAAAGACCUCACGACCCAUGGACAAGCGACAAAAGAAGGAAAUGAUGAAGAGGGUUGGCGAAUUAGGAAAUCGGUUUGGUUCAGGUAGCAGCUCAUUCUUGUAA